AUGGAAGACCAGGGAUCGUCGAGCAAACGGAAACGACCAGCAGCCCGAGGAGGCACUUUCUAUCCGCGGAAGCGGGCGAAUGUAGCAUGCCAAGUGUGCCGUGCGAGGAAGACGAAGUGCGAUAAUCGAAAGCCGAGCUGCUCGUAUUGCCUAAGUGUUGGCGCCAUCUGCACCCAGUCAACAGAGGAUCUGUCUAGCUUUGACCCGGCCAGCCUAAAGAUCAUCGAGCGCCUAGAUGUCCUCGAAAAGCUAGUUCGUCAACAAUCAGCACAAUCGACACAACAGCAACAGCAACAGCCAUAUUCCUUGUUACAGUACGAAGGGCAUGUUGCAAGUCCCUCCACAGGCCCCUCGGCACAGCACCCAUCGGGUUCUGGCCGGGCCAGAUCAUCGCUGGACAACACGAAAAGCAACGAAUUUGUUUCUUCCCAUUCCAGCCAGCGUACUUUGACUCCUUCGGGAUAUGGAGCCAAUACCUCGCCUCUCAACGUUCUACCUACGUCGCCAGCGUUGCUGUUGCGCCUCCCUGUUUUUCUGAACGACCGACUGGGCGGCAGCCUUCUGGUUAAUAAUGGCUUGCAUGAGAGGUGGUGGACCGAAAAGCGACAGCACAAAUCACAUAGCUCCCCUAUUGAGAGAGCCCCCGGUGGGGGAAUUCUAGAUGGCAUGGUAAAUUCAUGUGGUGGCGUUGAUGAGCUAUUGGACCGCUUCUUCAAGUUGGUGCAAUGCAAAAAUCCAAUCCUAAAGGAGGCCCCCACGCGUCACCUUAUUUUAUCGAAAUCUGUCGGAAAUAUAGAUGGAUCAGCACAAUCCUGCCUGGCAUUUCUUGUGUGUGCUCUAGGACACCUCGCAACACCAUUUGGUGAGACCCCAAAUAUUCGGGAGCUCGAUACGGGGCCUGGUAAAGCUGUUUAUGUCGAAGCAGAAACCCUGUUUCAAGAGGCUCAACGUCGCAUGGGAGCCCUGUUUGCUGACAAUGAGGGCGAUCAUUUGAUUGCCCCGCAAUGUCUGCUUCUUUCGGGUUUCUAUAUGAUGUGCGUGUUCCGCCCUUUCAUGGCCUGGAGAUUCUUUGUCCAGGCCCUAGCUACCUGCCAACAGUUCGACUUCUUGCGGGAUAUGUAUAGUGCUGAAGAGACGCAAUUAAACAAUGACACAGAGGGUCAAAAACAAGUGACGGAGAAAGAUUCACAAGAACAAGCUGUAUACUGGACUGCCUGGAAAUCGGAGCGAGAACUGCGCAGGUGCUUAUGUUUACCGGAUUUUCCUGCAACUGGAGAUAAUUCCCAUAUUUACCCACCACUCUUUCCAACCCCACCUUUUAUUGUUUCAAAUAACUCGAACGAUGAAGGACGGGAGCGCGCAUCAUGGUUAUUCUACCUCGCCGAGAUUUCUCUGCGGCGACUUCUGAGCAGCAUGUGCGAUGAGAUUUUAUCCCUGCAACACUCUAAGGGAGACAGUGCCACUUUUCUGACCUCACUUGCUACCCUGGUUGUUGAGUAUGAACAACAGGGUUGCCAAUGGGCAGCGGGAUUACCUGCAGAGUUAUCGCUAGAAUCGCCUCCCGAAAGCGACGAUAUAUGUCGCUUUGUUCUUCGGGGACAUUACAUCGAUUACUGCGAAACGAUCUACUGGCCUUUUCUUGAAACUCUACUGAAUUGCUCCGCCUCCACCCCAUCAACCUACUCAUCCCAGUCGCCCUUGUCGCAACCAAACUUGGCCUCUGUUAGACAAGGAGAAAUUCCUCCUGAUGCUUCUCUGGCUGUUCCUGGGGAGGGCCAAAUUGGUGGUAUCGGCCAAUUUCAACCUUCCUCGCCUGUAGCCCAAGAGUCACUCCGAGUAGUUGUCAGCAAUUUUGCAGCCAAGUGUCUUGAUAUACAGAUCCAGCGGAUCAAGGUCAACUAUCCAGGAUUCCGAUAUCGACACCAUGGUACAUUCUUUUUGAUAAUGUCUUGCACACGAGGUGCGAUUGUACUCCUAGCCGCUGCCCUCACAGGGCUACCGAUGCCAUCGGGCUGGCGGGAAAGCGUAGCGGACACCACUGGAUUGCUGGAAUUUUGGGAAGAUGACAUGCCUCAGCUUUUGACAUGGCGAGAAUUUAUGACUUCAAUUCUUUCCAGCAUUCCAGAAACGUCUAGUUCUCGUGGUGAUUUAGGAGUCGAUUUGCCACAAAGAAGAACUAGCGAUUUGGUCUAG